CCCCUCUUCAGCGGCAUGUGGCAGGGACUCCCAAACCUGUACUUUGUCUUCCAGAUGACAGGAGACAUGGAAAGCCCAAGACAUCAUGGGAAGUCCAACCAGGAAGGACACAUCUGGGGCUCCAUGAAGAGGACGGCUCUCAUCCUGGGCUCUGGACUGCUCUUGUCUGUAGCCUUCUGGAACUCAGUCACAUGGCAUCUUCAGAGAUUUUGGGGUGCUUCUGGCUACUUUUGGCAGACCCAGUGGGAGAAACUGCUGUCUACAUUUGAAGGCAACGAGUGGAUGCUGUUCCUUAUAGGUACUGUCCUCGUUCCUGCGCUCUGCUUCUGGGUUUUCAAUGGCCUUCUGCUGGUGGUGGACACAACAGGGAAACCCACCUUCAUCUCCCGUUACCGCAUCCAACUGGGCAAGAAUGAGCCGGUGGACCCCGUGAAGCUGCGUCAGUCUAUCCGCACAGUUGUUUUCAACCAGACUAUGAUCUCUCUUCCCAUGCUGGUCAUCUUCUACCCUUUCUUCAAGUGGAGGGGAGACCCCUGCUGCCGAGAGCUGCCCACCUUCCACUGGUUCCUCGUGGAGCUGGCCCUCUUCACCCUCGUGGUGGAAAUCUUGUUGUACUACUCACAUCGGCUCCUUCACCACCCAACGUUGUACAAGAAAAUUCACAAGAAACAUCAUGAAUGGACAGCACCCAUUGGUGUGAUCUCAAUCUAUGCCCACCCUAUUGAACACGUGGUUUCCAACAUGUUGCCAGUUAUGGUGGGUCCUCUAGCAAUGGGCUCUCAUCUGUCCUCCAUCACUGUGUGGUUGUCCCUGGCCCUCCUCAGCGCCACUAUCUCCCACUGUGGUUAUCACCUGCCUUUCCUGCCCUCACCUGAGUUCCACGACUACCACCACGUCAAGUUCAACCAGUGCUACGGGCUGCUGGGUGUGCUGGAUCACCUGCAUGGGACUGACAUCAUGUUUAAGCAGACCAAGGCCUAUGAGAGACAUGUCCUCCUGCUGGGCUUCACCCCACUUUCAGAGAGCAUCCCUGACCCUCCAAAGAAGAUGGAGAGUCUGCUUGGACCAUCCAGAGUGUUUCCUCACAAGUAGGAGGUGUGGAGACUGCCUGGGGGCCAUGCUGCCGUUAACAACUUGCCUCCUUCGGCCUCCAUACUCUAAGGACUGUACCAUUAGGGUAAAGGGAAUGUAAGCUUCCUGCCGGGACAAGGCCAUGGUAUGAUCUGGGCUUCUCUCAAACUACUACUCAUGUUCGUUAGGACCAGGAGUUGACUUAGGAAAGAACUAAGUAUUUGGGCUGGAGGCCAUCCAAUGGAGAAAAGUCACUGAGAGCCUGGGGGAAUCCUUGGUCCUUGGCUCCAAUACCCCAAAGAGCCAGCUCCCCUGUGGCCUAGGUUGGAUACAGAGAAUGGGGUGAUACUGAGGCCAACAGAAGCUGGCAAGUGAGCAUUCUGCAAGUAGUCCCAACCUCCUCUGGCCUUGGUAACCUGUGCCUUUACAUUCCUUCAAAAUGAACCCACUCCCUCACCCUACCUGUCUCUGGAUGGCAGCCAUUUCCCCUCGUCACAUGAACAUCUCCGAAAUGCUUUUGUAGUGUCAUCAAACGGGGCAGGGACAAGAAGUAAAACAUGGAGAUUAUGAGGUACCCCGAAGGGUACAUGCCUGUCCCUAUAAGGUCCUAAUAUUGGUGAAGAAGGUCUUAAGUUCUCCAUAAUAGCACAAAGGAGAAGUAUGUAAAUAAAGUCUGUAUUUACCUC